AUUGAGGGCAGAAGCAAACAAAAAUGGAAGGUUGUAAAAGUGGCAGAACCCCCACGUGUGUUGGGCAGCUCGCACCGAACCCCACACUCUCACCAACUACAACUACUCUACAAUCGCCGGUUUCUAUAUAUUCGCCGCAUGGCCGCCUCCUGCCGCGCUCUCUCCGCCGUUCUUCCCAAUCAAUCUUCCACUCGAUCGCCGCAACGCCUCCCCUUCACUUCGCGCUUCCUCGCCGUCAGAGCCGCCUUCAGCUCUCUCAGAUUGAAUUUGGAUUCAUCCAGGUUGAGGCGCGGAACAACGAUAGCGUCCAUGGCUGAGAUUGUGACGCCGAAGAGCAAAGGGAAAGUCAAAGUGUUCGACACGGAGGAAGAUCUGGCGGUGUCGCUCGCGGAAUACACCGCCGAUUUAUCCAAUAAAAUCUCACAGGAGAGGGAUUCAUUUACCGUUGUUCUCUCCGGUGGUUCCCUCGUUAAGUCUCUCAGGAAAUUACUGGAGCAGCCGUACAUUGAUUCAGUGGAUUGGUCAAAAUGGCAUGUGUUUUGGGUGGAUGAGAGAGUGGUGCCUAAGGAUAACCCUGAUAGUAAUUAUCUCCUAGCUUACAAUGAGUUUCUAUCCAAGGUGCCAAUUCCCUCAGGCCAUGUGUAUGCCAUAAAUGAUGCAUUGUCGGCAGAAGGUGCAGCAGAUGAUUAUGAAACCUGUCUCAAGCAUUUGGUGAAAACUAAAACAAUAGAUCAAUCUGAGAGUACUGGGUUACCCAAAUUUGAUCUUAUGCUAAUGGGCAUGGGUCCUGAUGGUCACAUUGCUUCUUUGUUUCCCGGGCACCCUCUCAUUCAAGAAAACAAGAAGUGGGUUUCCUUCAUCAAGGAAUCACCUAAACCACCUCCAGAAAGGAUCUCCUUCACUCUCCCAGUCAUAAAUUCCUCGGCAAACAUUGCCCUCGUUGUCGCAGGUGCUGGUAAAGCCAAUGCGGUGCAUGUUGCACUAAGUGAUGUUUCAAACUCCGAUGUGCUUCCUGUCCAACUAGUUGCACCAGAAGGGGAGUUGUCAUGGUUUUUGGACAAGGAGGCAGCUUCCAAACUCUAGGUUUCCUGUGAAAUUGGCGAUGAAUGUUGUAUCAGUUGGAAUGUUGUUCUAUCAAAUAAACGCAAACUUGGAAUUUUCUAUACCACUAUGUAAUCUGGAUUGAGUUCUUUUACCAAUAUAAUGUGCUGCUGCUGUGAAGAUUGUCAUUAAA